UGAGUGAGUGAGUGUGAAUGUGUGAGUGUGUGUGUGUGUGUGUGUGUGUGUGUUAGCUGGCACGCAACACACUUCCCUAGGGUUGUGUUUCCUUUUUCCUGAGAUUUGGCUAAGGGUAAAGGGUCGGAGUCACAUGGAUACAAAGCAUUUGAUUAAUAUCCAAGUCACCGCUGUGGCUGCCGGAGCCGCCUCCCCUCCAGCCCGGGCCGCGUGAGGCCGGAGCGGCGGGGUUGGGUGCGCAGGUCCAGGGCGGGAGACAGGUCUCCUGGGAGUUUGCUCUGCAGAGCCCCGCGCCUCCGGCGCCGGAGAUCCAGCGGGAGCCCCCUCCCCUGCCCCCGCCCCAGCCCCAGCCUCUCCCCAUCAUGUAAAGGCGCCCUUCCCUUCCCGGACCUUGCGGAGGCAGCAACUUUCCUUGCUGGCGGCGGCGCCGGGGCAGCAGCGAGCGCGCGGGGUAGCGAGUCCCGCCGCCCACCAUGAGCGACGAAAGCGCCAAGGACCUGGAGAAACAGCUUCGCUUGCGCGUGUGCGUGCUCAGCGAGCUCCAGAAGACCGAGCGGGACUACGUGGGCACGCUGGAGUUCCUGGUGUCGGCAUUCCUACACCGGAUGAACCAGUGUGCAGCAUCAAAAGUUGACAAAAAUGUAACAGAGGAAACAGUGAAGAUGCUGUUCUCAAACAUUGAAGAUAUCCUUGCAGUACAUAGAGAAUUUUUAAAAGUCGUGGAAGAAUGCUUACAUCCAGAACCUAAUGCUCAACAAGAAGUGGGGACCUGCUUUCUUCAUUUUAAAGACAAGUUUCGUAUCUAUGAUGAAUAUUGUAGCAACCAUGAGAAGGCACAAAAAUUGCUUCUUGAACUUAACAAAAUAAGAACAAUCCGGACAUUUCUUUUGAACUGCAUGCUGCUUGGAGGACGAAAGCACACGGAUGUUCCCCUGGAAGGGUACUUAGUAACACCAAUCCAGAGAAUAUGCAAGUACCCUCUCCUUCUGAAGGAGCUGCUGAAGCGGACUCCAAGGAAACACAGUGACUACGCGGCAGUGAUGGAAGCCCUCCAAGCCAUGAAAGCCGUCUGUUCCAAUAUAAAUGAGGCCAAGAGACAGAUGGAGAAGUUGGAAGUUUUAGAGGAAUGGCAGUCUCACAUUGAAGGCUGGGAGGGGUCGAACAUUACUGACACCUGCACUGAAAUGCUAAUGUGUGGAGUCUUACUGAAAAUUUCUUCUGGAAAUAUUCAAGAACGGGUGUUUUUCCUUUUUGAUAAUCUUUUGGUGUACUGCAAAAGAAAACACAGGCGGUUGAAGAAUAGCAAGGUGUCUACAGAUGGACAUCGGUACCUUUUUCGUGGCCGAAUCAACACAGAGGUGAUGGAAGUGGAGAAUGUGGAUGAUGGCACUGCUGACUUCCAUAGUAGUGGACACAUUGUUGUGAAUGGAUGGAAGAUACAUAACACAGCAAAGAAUAAAUGGUUUGUGUGUAUGGCGAAAACACCUGAAGAGAAGCAUGAAUGGUUUGAAGCUAUUUUGAAAGAAAGAGAGCGGCGAAAAGGUUUAAAAUUAGGAAUGGAGCAAGAUACCUGGGUAAUGAUCUCCGAACAGGGUGAGAAACUUUACAAAAUGAUGUGCAAACAAGGAAAUCUGAUCAAAGACAGAAAAAGAAAACUGACGACGUUCCCUAAAUGCUUCCUUGGAAGCGAAUUUGUGUCCUGGCUGUUGGAAAUUGGAGAGAUUCACAGACCUGAGGAAGGUGUUCACUUGGGACAAGCAUUGUUAGAAAAUGGGAUCAUCCACCAUGUUACUGAUAAGCAUCAAUUCAAACCAGAACAGAUGUUAUAUAGAUUUCGUUACGAUGAUGGAACAUUUUACCCAAGAAAUGAAAUGCAGGAUGUGAUUUCAAAGGGUGUAAGAUUAUAUUGUCGUCUUCAUAGUCUGUUUACUCCAGUGAUAAGAGAUAAAGAUUACCAUUUAAGAACCUACAAAUCUGUGGUUAUGGCCAACAAACUGAUAGACUGGUUAAUUGCACAGGGGGAUUGCCGCACCAGAGAAGAGGCAAUGAUAUUUGGCGUUGGACUCUGUGACAAUGGAUUUAUGCACCAUGUCCUUGAAAAAAGUGAAUUCAAAGAUGAACCCCUACUUUUCCGUUUUUUUGCGGAUGAGGAAAUGGAAGGAUCAAAUAUGAAACACCGACUUAUGAAACAUGACUUAAAAGUUGUAGAAAAUGUUAUAGCUAAAUCAUUAUUGAUUAAAUCCAAUGAAGGCAGCUACGGUUUUGGGUUAGAAGACAAAAAUAAAGUUCCAAUAAUUAAAUUGGUAGAAAAGGGGUCUAAUGCCGAGAUGGCUGGCAUGGAAGUUGGGAAAAAGAUUUUUGCUAUUAAUGGUGACCUAGUUUUUAUGAGACCUUUCAAUGAAGUGGAUUGCUUCCUGAAAUCAUGCUUAAACAGCAGAAAACCUCUAAGAGUUCUUGUUAGCACAAAGCCAAGGGAGACAGUAAAAAUCCCAGAUUCAGCGGAAGGACUUGGAUUCCAGAUCCGAGGAUAUGGCCCGUCAGUUGUGCAUGCAGUAGGAAGAGGAACUGUGGCUGCAGCAGCUGGUCUUCACCCUGGGCAGUGUAUUAUCAAAGUAAAUGGAAUCAAUGUCAGCAAGGAGACACAUGCCAGUGUUAUUGCACAUGUGACAGCUUGCAGGAAAUACAGGAGACCAAUGAAGCAAGAUUCCAUACAGUGGGUUUAUAAUAGCAUUGAGAGUGCUCAAGAAGACCUUCAAAAAUCUAAUUCCAAACCCCCUGGAGAUGAAGCAGGGGAUGCUUUUGACUGCAAAGUAGAAGAGGUAAUUGACAAGUUCAACACCAUGGCCAUCAUCGAUGGGAAGAAGGAGCACGUGAGUCUGACUGUGGAUAAUGUCCAUCUGGAAUAUGGUGUUGUGUACGAGUAUGACAGCACAGCUGGGAUAAAGUGCAAUGUGGUGGAGAAGAUGAUUGAACCCAAAGGUUUCUUCAGCCUCACUGCCAAGAUUCUUGAAGCCCUGGCUAAAAGUGAUGAUCAUUUUGUACAAAACUGCACCAGCCUUAACUCUUUAAAUGAAGUGAUUUCUACUGACCUUCAGAGUAAAUUCAGUGCCAUUUGCAGUGAAAAAAUUGAGCAUAUAUGUCAGAGAAUAUCCAGUUAUAAAAAGUUUUCUCGUGUACUAAAGAACAGAGCCUGGCCCACCUUUAAACAGGCCAAAUCUAAAAUCUCCCCACUGCACAGCAGUGAUUUCUGCCCUACCAACUGCCAUGUCAAUGUGAUGGAAGUUUCUUACCCCAAAACGUCCACUUCCCUGGGGAGUGCAUUUGGUGUUCAGUUGGAUAGUAGGAAGCAUAAUUCUCAUGAUAAGGAAAAUAAAUCUGAGCAAGGGAAACUGAGCCCUAUGGUGUACAUUCAACAUACAAUUACAACCAUGGCGGCCCCUUCAGGUCUGUCUCUGGGACAGCCAGAUGGGCAUGGCCUCCGGUAUUUGUUAAAAGAAGAAGACUUAGAAACCCAAGAUAUCUAUCAGAAACUGCUGGGCAAACUUCAGACCGCACUGAAAGAGGUGGAGAUGUGUGUUUGUCAAAUAGAUGACCUUCUGUCAUCAAUAACAUAUUCUCCUAAAUUAGAACGUAAGACAUCAGAGAGCCAUGUACCAACAGACAGUGACAAUGAGAAGGGAGAAAGAAAUAGCAAACGAGUCUGCUUUAAUAUGGCAGGAGAUGAGCAGGAAGAUUCAGGUCAUGACACCAUCAGCAACAGAGACUCCUACAGCGACUGCAAUAGCAACAGGAAUUCCAUCGCCUCCUUCACGAGCGUCUGCAGCAGCCAGUGCAGCUCCUACUUCCACAGCGACGAGAUGGACUCAGGUGAUGAGCUUCCCCUAAGUGUUCGCAUUUCUCAUGAUAAACAGGACAAGAUACAUAGUUGCCUUGAGCAUCUGUUCAGCCAGGUGGAUUCUAUUACCAAUCUCCUAAAAGGGCAGGCUGUUGUGAGGGCCUUUGAACAAACCAAGUACCUCACACCGGGUCAAGGAUUACAAGAAUUUCAGCAGGACAUGGAACCAAAACUGAGUUGUCCAAAAAGGUUAAGACUACAUAUCAAGCAAGAUCCUUGGAAUCUUCCCAGCAGUGUCCGGAAUCUUGCUCAGAACAUCAGAAAAUUUGUUGAAGAGGUGAAGUGUAGGAUACUCCUGGCUCUUCUUGAAUAUUCAGACAGUGAGACACAGCUCCGAAGAGACAUGGUUUUUUGCCAAAGUCUUGUGGCCACAGUCUGUGCCUUCUCCGAGCAACUCAUGGCAGCCUUAAACCAGAUGUUUGACAAUAGCAAGGAAAACGAGAUGGAAACUUGGGAAGCCAGCAGAAGGUGGCUGGACCAGAUAGCAAAUGCUGGUGUUCUUUUUCACUUUCAGUCACUUCUGUCACCAAACUUGACAGAUGAACAAGCCAUGCUUGAAGAUACACUGGUUGCACUAUUUGAUUUGGAAAAGGUUUCAUUUUACUUUAAACCAUCAGAAGAAGAACCACUGGUUGCAAAUGUUCCUCUUACAUAUCAAGCAGAAGGAAGCCGGCAAGCUCUGAAAGUUUACUUCUACAUUGAUAGUUAUCAUUUUGAACAACUGCCUCAACGGUUGAAAAAUGGAGGAGGCUUUAAAAUUCAUCCUGUUCUUUUUGCACAAGCACUGGAGAGCAUGGACGGCUAUUAUUACAGAGACAAUGUGUCAGUGGAAGAAUUUCAGGCCCAAAUAAAUGCAGCUUCCUUGGAAAAGGUCAAACAGUACAACCAGAAGCUCAGGGCAUUCUACUUGGACAAGUCAAAUUCACCACCAAACUCCACCUCCAAAGCUGCCUAUGUAGAUAAGCUAAUGAGGCCUCUAAAUGCUCUGGAUGAACUUUAUCGUCUCGUGGCCUCGUUUAUCAGAUCCAAGCGCACAGCUGCCUGUGCAAACACAGCCUGUAGUGCCUCCGGGGUUGGGCUGCUGUCAGUUUCCUCGGAGCUGUGUAACAGGCUGGGGGCCUGCCACGUCAUCAUGUGCAACAGCGGCGUGCAUCGGUGCACUCUGAGCGUGACGCUGGAGCAGGCCAUCAUUCUAGCCAGAAGCCAUGGACUGCCUCCUCGCUACAUUAUGCAGGCUACCGAUGUGAUGCGGAAGCAGGGAGCACGAGUUCAGAACACGGCAAAGAAUUUGGGAGUCAGAGACCGGACCCCACAGUCUGCUCCAAGGCUGUACAAGCUGUGCGAGCCGCCUCCCCCAGUUGGAGAAGAAUGAAGAAGAUCCUCAAGGAGCCAGGCAAGAAGAAGCCUCUGAACACCAGACAAGAGACAUGCUGGCCAAACAUUCUCCAUUCAAGAAAAAGAAAUGUUUUUUUCUCUAAAUCUUUCCCUAUGGUGUAAAUAACUUGCAUUAAGCUUGUACUUGGGUAUUUGUGCUGGAAAAGAACAGGAAUUCAUGCAGACAAUUCAGCUUCAUAAACUAAUCCCUCUAUGAAUUGGUAUUAAAUAUUCAUUUUUAGGGUAAAUUUCAUCCCUGGAAGUUAUAGAAAAAAAGUCAGAGAUAAAAAAUUAACCAUUGUGCCUCCUUUCUCAUUUACUAAAAUGAGUUGAUUGUGUUUGUUUUGAUCUUCUCCAAAUGUGAACGUGUACACAUUUCACUUGAUGAAGUUUGUCACUAAAAAAGUGUGGCCACAGGUCCCAAUCAUCAUACAGAAAUGUCACAACGUAGACCGAGUGUUCUAGGGAUGAAGUCCUCACUUUGCAUCAGAGGAAGUAGUUUAUAUGUGAAAGGAGAAGAGCAUGUGUUACUCUUUUUCCUAAAGGCUCAUUUCUCAGUACAGCAGAGAGCUGAUUGAGGCUUCUAACAAGACCUCCGCCCAGCUGUGUUUAAGUAUCUUUUUCUUGUGACCGGUUCCAGCGAGCUGGUGUGGUCCUUGGUCUCUGAAAUGCGCAUGGAUGUCUUGCUUGGCCCAUGUGCACCAGUCUGUGCAAUUCGUGGCCCCAGGUGGAGGUGAGGGGGGUCAGGGUGGUGCGGGAGGGGAGACUAGGGUGAAGGAGGAAGAUAUAAGCCAAUUUAAAAACUCAACAUUUCACUGCUAAAGCUAUCUAAAAUGCUUAAUUUUACUAAGGCUUUCAUAUAAGAUGUCAGACUCUUAAGAGAUUACACCAUGCUGAGUAUUUUUCUAUCAAGUUAUAUGUAUAAGAUAUGGAAAUAGAGAUUUUUUGUUGAACUUUAAAGUGACUGUUGGGAGACCUUGAUAAUUUAUGGAAGCACAAAGUGUAUUCUAUUUUCAUUCUAAAGUAUGUGUAAUGUUUAUCAUUUCUACACUGAUAAAAUAACAUUUUUAGCAUAAUGAAUAUAGUACUAUCGAUUUUAAAUCCAUAGUUUUCGAAACAAUUAAAAUGCCCUCACUGUGAUUUUGGUAAUUACAUAGAUUUAGGCUAAUUUCAUAUGAGCAAUGCUUUUCACAACUACAGUAUAUAUUAACAAUCAUACUAAAUUUUAAUUUAUGAAAUUUCAUAAUUUUCAAACUAUCAUUAAAAACCUUCAUCACUAGAAGUAGUGUAUUGAAUAAUAAAAAUACUGUGUUGCAUAUGUAUAAGGUGUUCAUAUACUGGGCAAAAUAAUAAUUGUUAUUUGGCGCAGAAGCACUUAAGACUUUGCAGUAGGUCCAUAUUUAAGGUGAAAAAUAAAGAAAUCAACAUCAGAGUUUUCAAAGAAUAAGUUGAACGCUUUGAAUUUUUAAGGAAGAUGUGAUCUUAACAUAAAUAUCAGUAUUAGGCAUAUCCUUAACUUUCAGGGAUUUAACAUUCUUAAUACUAUCAGCAAGUGAUCCUGAAGGUCUGUGACAAUAGUAAAUUAUGAUUUUCCUGUACUGAAAAUUUGAUUAUAUUCAGUGCAGAGCUAAUGAGUGAGCAAAACUGAUUAACCAGCAAGUUCUCUGCAUAUUGUCAUUACUGUUUCCUAAUCGUCAUCCUGGAAGCGGUAAUCCUCAUCAGAAGGGUGAAGGGUUCACUGAAACAUUUCAGUUGUGCUUUGCUAUGCUCCAUUGGGGAAGUUAUCUGCUAUUGUAAUAUUUGUAAUUAGCAUAUUUGUAAGGAUCUGAUCCCUAUAUAAUCAGAUAAGCUUAAUAUUAUCUUAAGGGUUAAACAUAGUGUAAGUGUACCAUCUAUCAGAGUGCUUGGCACUUAUUAAAUGCUCAAAAGUUAGUAAUGACGUAUAUUCUCAUCAGCUACUAUAAUUUUUUAUUGUAGUAAAAAUCUGUAGUGAACACUUUAUGCCCAGCAAUACUAUAUGUCCAGCAAUACCUCCAAGCGUUUUCCCCAUAAUGUGCUAUCAUUGGUUCACUAAACCUUUGAACAAUGACCUGAGGCGGUACUCUUUUUCAUCACACCCAUUGUAUAGUUGAGGAACUGACGCAGAGAUGGCCAGUGACUUGCCUAUGACUGACAGGGAUCUAAACCCAGGAAGUAUGCUGCCUUAAUACAUUUUGCUGACUCUCCUCAUAAAUACAAGAACAGUUGUCAUAUUGCCAUCUAUUUGUUAGUGAAACUGGAAUUACAUGUUAUGUGUUACCAUUAAAUUAGACAUCUUAUAUUGAGAAAAAAGUGAAUGGAAAUACAUAAAAUGCUUUUGAAAUGUAAAAAUUAUAAUAUUUCCUCUGGAUAUUCUUCUAUUCUGGACACACAUUUUGAGGCGGCCCAAUGCUGCUGCAAUCCGAAAAAUGCAUUCCUCAAAGAUAACAGUUUUAGAUAUGUUUUGAAAUUUUGAGAAAGUACAUCAAAUGAAAUUUAAACAUGAUUCCAAAACAUUGGUAACAGUAAAAAAUGUCAAAUGAAUGAAUAAAGACAAUUUUUCAACACUAUAAUGUACCUAUGUAUGGUAUUAGACAUGUAGCUAGCUUUGAGUUUUUAGAAUGUGUUUACCUAAAUGCUCACAUAUUCCCUACAACUCCUAUAACUGUUGUAAGGCCUAAUAAUGGUUCUUCCAAGUUUUGAGUUUGGACAUUUGCAUCUCUCCACUUAAAAUGGAAGAUCAUACAUAGACAUUUUGGUUCUUAACAUGGGAUCUGACUCAAAUAUAAUUGUUAACUAGUAAUUUAUAGUCAAUACAUCGGAAAUAUUCCAUAGCUUAUAAAGCUUUCUAAUAUUAAAUAUUACAAAAUUUAACAUAUUAAAAAUCUGAGCAAUUUGUAGAGACUAGAAUUUUGCCUCUAUUUCCAUUACUAUAGCAAGCAAGCAAGAAGAAUUGCUAUACUAGUUAUACUUACAUUGAGUAUGUAAUGUUGAAUUAGAGUGUAAGCUUUAUUUUAUGAGCCAAUAACCCCACCUUAGGUGUCUCAUUCUAUUUUCUAUCUCUUUAAAUCACAUUCUUCCCAGUGGCUUAGAUUCAGUGUGCUCAAUGGCAACUGUUUCUUGCAGAAACAAUAUUCUAUUUAAAAUUAGAUUGAUUUCUUAUGUAUAGUAUAAUAUAUAUGAUAUUUUAAUAACAUUGGUUCUGUCUCUAAUAAUUAAAUUUUGUGAUAGUUAAAUUCAGAAUGAAAUGAAACUGACCUUGGCACUAAGUGUAAAGGCCAAGAUAAUGAAUGGGUAAAAAAGCCUGAGGGGCAUAGUAACUAAGAAAACAAACUAUUUAAAACCCUUUGGGCACAUACAUUUUACAGAAAAAAAAAAAAUUAUUGACUUUGGAAGCAGUCAGUUGAAAGUCAUACUGUGUAUUUGAAAAUAACAUAAAUAACACAUUUGUAUUUAAAAUACUAAAAAAUUCUUUCAUUAGUUCAUGUAUAUUUUUUCCUGUGUAGCAUGAUUUAAUGCAGAUUACAGGGCAUAUUUUAAUUCAUUUGUAUUUUUGAGAAAACAUGUUGAAAUUUAAAAUGAACAACCUUAUUUCUAGUCAUUUUAUUUACAUUUUAUUUUAAAGGUCAUUUUUAGAUUUUCUUCACUAGGAGUAUUUACUGUUAUUGAAACUAACCAAUAGUAUGUGACUGAAUUGCCUCUGAGUUUUUGGGAAGUAUGUUUAAUUUUUAAAGACUUAUUUUAAGUGAAUUACUGUACUUAAUUAAGUUUAUUUACUUUCCCAAAGCCAGUAGUUAUUUCAUUAACAUGUGUAUAUAUUAACCAAUUCGCUGAAUGAAUGGUCAGUUUGCAUGUUUAAGUGUAAAGGAAAAAGCUUUUGGAAUGGUGUAGGAUGAACUGAGCUUUGAUUAAGAAAAAUAUUCUGUUCUCUGUCAAGUUUUUGAAGCUUUAGGGAUGAGCCUCACAAAUGUGUCACCCUGAGUGAAACUGAAGAGAUGGAGAGAAGUUCCAAGACUAGUCUGGGCCACGGAUAGGCUCAAGCUAAUUCUAAUUCCUUUUACAUAGAGUGGCCACAGUCUUCCCAGGUGCUACAAUUCCAGAAUUGAUAUUACACUUAGUCUUUGGUUUUAGGGAAGUUUUACUAUUUCAAAGCUUUGCCUACAACAGUGAGCUCAGCAUUCAUAUUGUCAAGUUGUGCAUGCAUGGCCAACUGUUAAAGUAUGGCCUGUGCAUCCUCAGCUGUAGCUACAGACACACAUGGCCUCCUUCACUCAGGAUAGCUUGCUUCUCUCACUGGGAAUAGACAUCUGCAGUCUAUUCUGUCUACUAAGAUAGAUAGAGAUACAGAUGUAGACAUAUAGAUACCUAUCUAUAUAUACAUUUUUAUAUACAUACAUAUUUACUACUUUUUAUUUUUAUGAUAAUACCUUAUAGAAACGGCUUAGUUUCCUAGGUCUUGUUUUGUGUGAAGAUAUGAAAUAUGGAGUUCAACAUAUUAAGUAUUCUGUAGACAUGAGAGCUGUCUACAUAGACAGUAAGCAUACUUACUGCUUGACAUGUUUUGAUCACUGACACUAGUUUCCUGUGCAGUCUUGAGUCAGUUUACCUGAUUGUCAUCCAGAAGUAGCUAAGAGUAAAAUUGUUAAUCUUUAAGUGACAUUUCUACUAAAAAUAGAAAGCCUUGGGUAGUUAAUUUCUGAUGCAAAUAAUGGAAUAAAUAUCAUUCACUCAUGUAUUCAUUCAACAAAUGUGUUUGAGAAUUCACUUAUACAAGGCACAGCUAUUGGACCUUUUUUAUAUGUUGGAUGUGUUCAGAAAACCUUCACAUUAUCUCUUAUAUGUUAAUUGUCACCUAUGUCUUUUACUUGAAAGUAUCUGUAAUGCAACCCUAUUCUAAUACCAUGUAGAUAUAUAUAUUGUAUGGUUAAGAAUACUAAGUUGGUAAAAUGCUUUACAAAACAUUCAUUUAAAUUUGAACAUCUAGUGCAUUGAGAAAAUUUAUUAGAGUUUCAGAUGAAUAUAUAUUUUUAUAACUGCCAAGUAAAUGAGUAGAACAUUGCUUUUGCUUUAAAAAUAUUUUAUAACUAUUCAUUGACAUUUCAUUAUUUUAAAUAGCAAAAUAUUUUGCUAUGUUAAAUAGUAAAAAUAUUUCAAAUAAUAAAAUAUUAAAUUCA